ACAACGAAAAUGGCGAGGAAGGGAAGAGCAUGAGAGUGUCAAAGUCGCAAAGAUGGGUUAAAACAUAGGAAAUGAAAAUCUUAGCAGUGGUAUGUGUCUGUGUGGUGAUUUUCCAUCUGGCAUCAGCACAGACAAAGACGUGUUCACCAGGUUCGGAUGUGAAGAAUGGUAUUUGUACCCCGUGUCAACCUGGCCGUUUCCAGUCAAAAACUAUUCCCAUCACUGAUACAACAACAAGAUGUGAGUACAGAACAAAAUGUAAUGCAAGUGAAGGAGGGUAUCAAAUCAAAGAAGGCAGUGCAACAGAGGAUAACCACUGCUGGUGCAAUGAGAGUAUGAGAUAUGUGCCCCGCAAUCCUAAGGCUUGUAAAGAUCCUGAGAACAGGACCUCGUCUAGUUGUGUUUGUAUAAACUGUCAUGAGGAAUGUGUUGUGACAAAGGAUGAAAAUGGAGAUUAUUUGGAAAGAUACAAGUGCACUGUUUGUGAUAGUGUUACAACGGCAGUGCCUCCUAUAUUAACCCCAUCACCUGUGUCUUCAGGACAUGUGGCCAUUGGAGUCGCAGUGUCCAUUGGCAUUUUUGCGAUCUUAUGUAUUGUUUUUGGAAUCAUUUUGUAUGUCAGAGGAGUACCUCAGUGGUUACAGGAAUUUUGUGAUCCUAUAUGUGGUAGAUGUUGUCAGUGUUGGGCAUCUGUUAGCAGCAAUAGCGAAGGCAGGACCACAACUUCUGCAAUGUCGGGUACAUCUUCUGCAACACACCAUGAUACUACAGAUAGUGGAGUGAGGGAUGGGAAGCCAUCUUAUAGCAGACAGCCUAGUGCAGUUGCAUUGCUUUGUGGUGAAUCUAAUGGAGAGAUUACUGAAUUAUUUAAGAUCAAACUCAGAGAAUUGUGCUCAGAUAAGCACAUUGAAGCUCAUUUCUGUGACUUACUCCAAAAGGUAGGAGCCAAUUGGAAAUUCUUAGUUCGUCCAGAUCUUGAAGAUAUUGAUAUACAAGCCCUGGAACAUGAUCAUAGAGGCUUGAAGGAGAUUGUCUACCAGGCUAUCAGGCAGUGGUAUGAAAAAAUGUCAGGAGAGAGUGUACAGUUUGUCCUGGACCGCUUGGAGAGGGAGAAUGUUGGGAAAGGAGACUUGGCUGACAAAAUAAGGAAGGACAGUGUUUUGAUGAGAACACUUGAGGAAAUAUAUGCACGAAAGAGUUCUAAAAAAGGCAGCAGGACAGGUACGAUGCGAUCAGGCUUUUGCAUGAAACGCCUACAAACAGUGUUAGACAGUUUGUCACUGCGUAAAGGUAACGCAGUAAAUGAAGUGACAUCUAAUGGCAGUCAGGCGACCGGUGAUCUGUCCGUGAACGAUAGACAUGAUGACAGGGGUAUCCCCUCUGUGCCUCCCCCUGAUGUAAACCCAUCUUCACGUCCAUCAAGAGCUGCAGGGGAUAUGAUAGAAUAUGAGAACUCUCCUCGUCCUGGAUACAAGAGUUCACACCCCUCUAUAAAUGAAGUGAAGAUAGGAGAAGAAGGAAAAGGAGAUGGAAUUGGGGAUAUGAUAGAAUAUGAGAACCUUCCUCGUCCUGGAUACAAGAGUUCACACCCCUCUAUAAAUGAAGUGAAGAUAGGAGAAGAAGGAAAAGGAGAUGGAAUUGGGGAUAUGAUAGAAUAUGAGAAUUCUCCUCGUCCUGGAUCCAGAAGUUUGCACUCCUCUAUGAAUGAAGUGAAGACAGGAGAAGAAGGAAAAGGAGAUGGAAUUGCCAAUCAGGGUGCCAAUCAGAGUUGGGAAGAGGAAGAAACCAGGCAAGCUCCUGAGCCAUCUUCAUCUAAUACCCACCGAGAAGGGAAAGAAAUCUACACCAGCGGAGACGGGGCAGAGUAUGAGUUAAUACGAACACCAGGUGAUGGUGACUGUUUCUUUAGGUCAUGUGUUCGAGGACUGAAUGAGGAUCUUUUCAACAGUGCAAAAGGCAUGGACAAUUAUUGUCAGAACCCCAAAGACAGGGAAAAGGAACAUCAUUUGGUUUUAGACAUCAGGAAUCGAACUGUUGAUCACAUGCAGGAGGAUAAUGUUCAUUAUGAAAAAAUUUUGAAAAGUCUUAAAACAUCGAUUAGGCAGGGCAGGGAUUUUCUCCGUGAACACUCCAUUGAAAUGUCAACAGGUGAAGCAGAGGGUGUGGAAGAUAGGUCAGGUAUUUUCACUGAUGAACACUACAGGAACUUAGAAACCGAGAUCAAAGAUAUGAGGAAACCUGGGGUCUAUGCUACUCAUCUAGAGGUGGAAGCCUUGGCUUAUGUGGAAGAUGUGGUGAUACAUGUGUUUCAAAUGACAGAUGGACAAAAAAUCCAGGAGAUACAUUGUUUUGGCAAAGAGCCAGAAAAAAAGAAAGACAUUUACUUAAUGUACAGACCAACUGACAGCGGACGCUCAGGUCAUUAUGACCUGUUAUGCAGAGUGAAAAAUUCUUAUGAUUUGGAAUAGAUGUGGCUUGAAUAUUUGGCAGAAAAUAUCAAAGUGUCUUCAUAAUUCCAUUUUGGAGUACCAACAAGACCGUAUCCAUGAGCAGCCAGAAAGACAGAUGACUUCACAGCAAACCCCCCUAUAAUACUGCUGGAUGAACAUCAUGAUGGACCCAUUCCAGGAUUAAAAAAAAG